GUAAGAACGUAUACACACAACAAAAAUUAUUCGAGAAAUAAUUCGUUGAUUAACCCGGUAAUAAUAUCGCUGCCUUUUUUUUUUUGUUUAAUCAUUUUUAGUUACAAAAUAAUACGUGAUGAUGGCACAUAACAAGGAUUACAUUCGUCUCAGUAAAAAACUAUCAUAUUUACUGCGUCACGGUGCUAUAAGAGAAGGAUUAUCAAUCAGGACAGACGGUUUUUCACCGAUAGAUCAACUUUUGUCCGAAAAAUUACAAGGAUAUACCUUGGAAGACAUAAAGAAAGUGGUAGAGACCAAUGAUAAGAAAAGAUUUAUACUUAGGGAAAAUAAUGGUAAUUGGGAAAUUAAAGCCACUCAAGGUCACUCUAUAAAUAAUAUCAAUAAUUUAUCCUUAAAGCAACUUGAUCAUGUCGAUUUUGACAUAAUACAUGGUACGUACUAUAGAAAUUGGGAGAGCAUAAAGUUAAAAGGUUUGUCUCGCAUGAGAAGAAAUCAUAUUCAUUUCUCUAAAGGAUUGAAUUUUAUAUGUGGAUUGAGGAAAAGUGCAGAAAUUUAUAUUUGUAUAGAUUUUGAGAAAGCAAAAAGAGAAGGGUUAAAGUUUUUCGAAUCAGAAAAUGAGAUAAUCCUCUGUGCUGGUAAUGACGAAGGAAUUAUAGAAAGAAAAUAUUUUUUAAAAGUUUAUUCAAAAAAUUCGGAGAUAUUGGAUUUAGAUUAA